CGUUCAUAGUUUUACUAAAAUACCACUCUUAUCUAUAUUUUCCUAAUGAAAAACAAUUCCACAGAAAAAGAAAACUAAAAAAAAAAAAUCAUUUCACCAUCUGAUUCCUUUGCAUUCAUUCGCCUCAUCAGAAACUUUCUCAAGAAACGUUCGAUAGAAGGAAUUAUUUUCAGUAUAUAUCAUUUAAUUACAUCAAGAGAUUUGCAGAAUGAAUCAACAAAACAUGUCAAAAACACCUUCUUCGAGUGCAUCAGAACUCCCAGUAAAGCGCAAGCGUGGUCGUCCACGUAAGGAUGAAAGCAUGCCACGGAACGAUAAGAGACAAACACAAACCUCCAUGUCUCCGUCACAACCACCACCAAUUCCCGCCAUGACAGCCAUGCAACCACCACCAACCCUAACAAUGACGCCCACCGGUGACAACCAUAACAUGGUGGGGCAGGUGGUUACAGGUGUGAUCGAUGGUAUCUUUGAUGCUGGAUAUCUUAUUUCUGUUCGUGUAGGACCUAACAACACUCUCCUCCGGGGUCUUGUGUUUCAACAAGGGCAUUUUUGUCCAAUAACACCAGCCAACGACGUAACUCCACACCUCAAGAUGUGUAGGAGAGAAAACUAUCAAAUACCCAACUCAAACCCGACUCAAUUAUGCACUCCUCAAGUCGCAUGCACAAAACAACCACCACAAUUAACAAUCCCCGUAACAAUGCAAAAUUACCAAACUACCCCCAUGAUGACUGGAGGAAGUAGUAAUUCCGCUCUCCCACCUGAGAAUUUGAGGAUGGUGGAGCAAGAUGAGCUUAUGCAAGUUUUUGAGGUCUCGAAGAUGGUGCAAGAACCCCCAAAGAAUGAUGAUUGUGGCCAUGGGUUAAAAAACGAUCAUUUGGUAUCUGAUUCUGAUCUAAUGACCGAGAGUACUCUUCCUACAAAUGACGUUGUGAAACAUCCUAGUCUUCAUGUUGGUGCACCUCUUGUACAAGAUAUCAAUAAUGAAUCUGUAAUCGAUGAAGUAGAUAGACAAAAUCAAGAAGGAGAAAAUCCAGAGACUAUAACUCAUGUAGAGACCGGAAUGGAAGAGCCCCCGACUUUUGAAAAAGUUAUGCUCCAACAAGAAAGUGAAAACCAAGGUGAAGUCAGCAAGAUUGAUGUUAAUCAAGAUCCAAAUCAAUCAGUAGCAACGGAUCUCUUCCAAUCAAAUUAGGAAAAAACAACUACAUGUAAAAUGCACCUUAUGCAUCAACAUUUAUUUUAAGAUUCUAUGUUUUUUAAGUUCCACAUUUCAUUAUUAUGUGGGUACACUCUGCACAGGAAUUAUGAGAAGAUCAUUUACACAAGGAAAAUAUUGAGAAAAAAAAAACACAAGGUGGUUGUCACAAGCUUUUGUGUUCUCCGUAAUGUUCCUUUUAUAUGAAUAAACGAUGAGAA